AUGUUCCGCAACGCUGCUGUCCGUGCUGCCCAGCUCUCUGGCCGUCGCUUCCAGUCGACUGCCUCGGCGCCCGUCCUGGCCCAGGCCGAGCAGACCUUUGCGACUCUGCCCAAGACCGAGCAGGUGCAGGUUAUCAAGCGGCUCAACGAGGUCAUGAAGGGAGACUGGACCAAGGUUUCCGCUGAGGACAAGAAGGCCAUCUACUAUGCUACGUACGGCCCGCACAACUACCGCCGCCCGCACGUCAAGAAGGGAGAUAACAUGAAGGUGGCCAUCGGCGUCAUCGCCACCAUCGCGGUCAGCUUCACCAUCUCGUCUCUGGUCCGCUCGUCGGUUCCCAAGCAGCGCACGCUGAACAAGGAGUGGCAGGAGGCUUCGAACGAGAUUGCCCGCGAGGCCAACAUGAACCCCAUCAGCGGUAUCUCGUCGGAGGGCUACGCUGGCAAGGGUUUCGUCCAGCACGACUAA